AUGGAUUCCAAACCGGUACUUUGGUUAUGUCUCAGUGCAAACCCCGCAAAUGGUAUCCACCUCCUCCGGACCACUGCGAGUUGUGCCUUGGCAAGUUCGGUGGGAUGGAACAAACAACUUGCGAACCACACGAGGACUAACCCUACUGGGAAAACAGCAACGAGCAGGAUCUCGUGCACAUCUGCGACAAAAGAUCCUGCUGAUCAGGAUCGCUCCGCAUCACGUCAUUUGCGCUCAGACUCCAGCUAUGCCACCGUUGUUCAGUCCGCCGCAGAGCAAUACUUGAACCGACAAAACAUGCAUGCACCUUGCGCUGGUAACGGGGAAUGGAAGUCCAGAUGGGUGUAUUCUUCAUUGGGGAUUAGGGCACAGACUGUAACGCCGAACCGAAAUUCAAAGCCCUUUCUCCAGAUCUCGGGUUACGUGGCCGAUAGAUGGCUACGUAGCAUGAAGGUACUGGAGGACCGUAAGCAUGCAACAAGGAAUUUUGUAGCCGGGGAAGGGGCGCCAUUUGCUACCUCGGUCGUUGUUAUGCCGAACUCUGGUCACAGCUGGAUUACAUGGCUGCAGCAACAGUUCACUGCACUGACCCGCGCAAUGUAUCAGGAGGAAGAGGUCUAUUCACCUGCACAGGAAUGUCGAGGAUCUACGGUGCGAGAUGCAGCUGGUGAUGGAAGAACAGCCUCGAUAGGUGUUGCGAAUACAAGGAUGGUCCGGGGAGGUGAUUCAAUUGAGCAGGAGUAUCUUCAAACGACAACGAAAAAUGCCCCAAAACUCAAACUGUCGGUCCAGGAGAGUUUAAAAGUAACAGGCCAUACUCUGCUCGAAAGCGAUUCGCGGCUUAUGGCUUCGCAGGUUGCCUCUAAAGAAAAGGACCAGCCUGGGUGUCUGGCUGGGGACGGCACAAGAUCAGUAGAGGCGAGGCAAAAAUUGUGGGCUAAUACGUCGGCGAGCAAUGGGCCAUUGGGGAAUCAAGAGAAGAGGAAAAGGCCUUCUGACUCUCAGGAAUACCGAAGAGGUCUUGCAGCCGAGUGGACCUUGGUCACCCUGUUCCCGAAGGUUUUCAAGUGUGCGUCCAGUAGGGAAGACUUGUGUUGUCCAAACAAGAUCUCGGGCCUUGACCUACACAGUGCAGUUAAACCCGUUGGCGAAGGAUACACUUGGGAGUAA